AUGACCGACGUCUUCCAGAAUGAAAUCCAUAACGAAGUUCCAAAUGAAGAAGUGGCGCCUCCACUAAUCAACUUGAAGACUGACACUAUACAAAAUAGAUCGACAGAUUCGACUGUUAGUAGUCCGUUCCAAAAUGGUCAUACUGCAAAAUCAAUGCAAAACACCAACGCCGCCACCGCCUUCACAUCGAGUAAUAUACCACCCGCCAAAAGUAAAGUAGUUGGCGGUGAUCGUGCACAAGAGAUGCUCAAACAAGCAAAAGCUCUUCGAGAUGAGCGUCGUAUAAGCCUUGACGCUCGACAUGAAGAUCUGUUUCAAAGAUUGGCCGAGGCAAUUGGUAUCGAAGCAUCACAAGUUGAAGAGAAUAUUUUAUUCGACAAUCAGUUCGAUUGUAUUGACGACUUUUUCUUGACGAAUGGACGUCGUGUGUUGAUGUUCUAUUAUCAAGAACCAAAAAAUGCGGAACCCAAUCAACCGACCUACGGUCGACUAACAGCAACGGGUCCAAAAAGGCGAGUGAUUAUCAGCAGUGAAACAGUGCAACUAACAGGAGUACUGUACUAUUUUGUUCGUCCGAAUCAAACGACAGCAGUUACACCGCAAAAUAUCGUCAAUGAAGUUGUCUUUGGGCAAUUAGACGCCACAAAUGGUAAAAUGUUAGAAUCGAUUGAACAAUUAUUAGGAAGUAUUUUAAUUCCUUUACUUCAGCAAUAUGAAGAUUGGGGUGCCUUGAAAAAUCGAAGUAAUCUGAGUGUCCAAGACUUUCUUGAUGCCAUGAGUCAAUUUACGGCAUCUGUCAAUGGUGCCAGUGAUAAUCUAGCACAUCAAGUGAAAUUAGCGAGUGGUGAUAACGACAAUGUAUUGUCAACAUUAACAUCUCCGAAUGAUUAUCAUACAAUGGCUCAAAAUAGCGACUUUAUUGUUGAAUGUGAAAAAUUAAUGGAUAAAUGGUGUAAACAAAUCGAAAAGAUCUUAGCUGAAAGUGAACAGAUUCGUCGUGAAGCCGACGAUGUUGGUCCAUCGGCUGAACUCAUUCAUUGGAAACAACGUAUGGCCACAUUUAACAACUUGUUAGAGCAGGUCAAAUCAUCAAGGUGUCGUUCGGUUGUGGGCGUGUUACAAUCAUCAAAAUCGAAAACAAUUAAUCGGUGGAAAGAUUUAGAUACUCGAAUCACGGAUGCGGCCAAUGAAGCAAAAGACAAUGUUCGAUAUUUAUAUACGCUAGAUAAAUUUUUCUCAACACUCGACAAAAACAAUCCAGUGAGCAUCCGAAAACAAUGA